CUAGUAUAGUAUAACAACGAGAGCAUGUUACCACAGGCCUCAUGUGGGGCAAUGUUUGAAUAUUUUAUUUUUUUUUGUCUCUAACCUUGAUCUUUUGGAGGGAAUAAAAGUCUAUGUUUUGUACUGAAAUGCAGUUGCAGCAAGCAAGGCAAAAUAAUAGUAAUGUAAUAUAAGAGGACAAGUACACUGCAAGACCUAUGCAUACCAUUUCCAUUCCAUCCCAUCCAUAUUUUACUUUGAUAUUGUGAAUUGUAGUCAAUGGCAGGUGGGAGUAACAUGAUGAGCAAGAUUCUAUUGAUCGGUGGCACCGGUUACAUCGGAAAAUUCAUUGUAGAAGCUAGCGCCAAAGCUGGCCAUCCAACCUUCCUUCUCAUCCGGGAAUCAACUCUUUCCAACCCUACUAAAUCAUCCAUCAUCAACAAAUUCAAGGACUUGUCCGUCAAUUUUGUUCUUGGGGAUCUAUAUGAUCAUCAAAGUUUGGUGAAAGCAAUAAAACAGGUUGAUGUUGUAAUUUCUACUGUGGCUCGCUCGCACUUGAGUGAUCAAGAUAAAAUCAUCUCUGCCAUCAAAGAAGCAGGAAAUGUUAAGAGAUUCUUUCCUUCUGAAUUCGGAAAUGAUGUGGAUCGGAGUCAUGCGGUUGAACCAGCAAAGAGUGCAUACGCCGUUAAAGCCAGAAUUCGGCGCAGCAUUGAGUCAGAAGGAAUUCCAUACACUUACGUGUCAAGUAACUACUUUGCUGGUUACUUCCUACCCUCUUUGUCACAGCAUGGAGCUUCAGCUCCACCAAGAGAUAAAGUUGUUAUCCUAGGAGAUGGAAACCCCAAAGCUGUUUUUAACAAAGAAGAGGAUAUUGCUACUUAUACAAUCAAAUCUGUUGAUGAUCCAAGAACCUUGAACAAAAUUCUGUAUAUUAGACCACAAGGUAAUGCCUUGUCUUUUAAUGAUCUGGUAUCUCUAUGGGAGAAGAAGAUUGGUAAAACUCUUGAAAGAAUCUAUGUUCCAAAGGAACAACUUCUGAAGCAAAUUCAAGAGUCCUCGCCUCCAUUAAAUAUGAUGUUGUCGAUUGCUCACUGUGUGUACAUUAAAGGGGAUCAUACUAACUUUGAAAUCGAUCCAACAUUUGGAGUAGAAGCUACAACUCUCUAUCCUGAUGUGAAAUACACCACUGUAGAUGAGUUCCUUAAUCAGUUUGUCUGAGAUUCAAGCCAAGAUGUGAUUUUUCCUCUCGGUUGAUAAUAUCAUUUCUAUUUCGCAAAAGAAAUAAAGUGCUGUAUUUCCAGAAACAUGUCUUUAUACACUCAAUGAUUCAACUAUGAUAAGAAUUAAGAAUUCCUCCAUUUCUUUUGUUGUAGAAAUUGAGAUGAUCUCUAUCCCUUGAUAUUAUGAUAAAAGAUUAGCAGUUUUAAAGA